UAUUUCCUUACAGAACAAUUCUGCGAAAGAGGAUCUUUACGAAAUAGGAAUUCAGGAGGAAGUAAGCCGAAGGUUGCGACACCUGAUGUUGUAACAAAAAUUGAGCAAUAUAAGAUGGAAAAUUCAACUAUCUUUGCUUGGGAAAUACGAGAACGUCUUAUAUCAGAAGAAUCGGAUGAAACGCUAUCGAUAGAAACAAGGGAUCGUCUCAGUUUGCGCAGAAACAGGACCACGUUUAGCGUAGAGCAGCUGGAAGUUCUGGAAGAAGAAUUUGAAAAGAACCACUACCCUUGCGUUAAUACCAGAGAGGACCUCGCGGCUAAGACUAGUUUAACCGGGGCUAGAAUCCAGGUUUGGUUUUCUAAUAGACGAGCGAAGUGGAGACGGCGUCAAAGAAUGAAUAAAAUCAAAGAUUCAUCCUCAGAGCAAACUCCUCUGUCGUCUUUCCAACUAGAAUCAAAAGUACCUUCAUAUCAAGGUCCAAAAUGCAACGAACUGCCUAGGAUGGGUGGCGAAAACUCAGCUUUUUCUCCUGCUGUAUCAUCUUUGCAAUGAACUAGCAAUUCACCUAUUCUAAGUACAAAUUAACCACGCCCAUUUCGGGUCGUUUUCUAUCUGAAAAUGGCGUAAUUCAAGGCAUAUUAACAUUUUUAAUUGGGCAAGUAUCAUCUAAUAACUAGUAAUUAAGUAAUUUAUAAAACAGUAGGUAGUAGUAUAAGCUGCUGAUCCAUGUUUGACCAGC